ACCUACAAGUGACUUCUCCAAAAAGUGUCUUAGUUCGCAGUCACCUGAGCUCCGGGAGACGGCUACUGCGGGUUUCAGGGACACCGACUUCUGCGGGUCCUACUUGGAGACCCUGCCCUCUUUUCUUGUUCUUUGGCUUCGCUACCCCGAACCCUCCGAGGGCUAGUCCUUUCCUUCUUGUCCUUUCCCAUUUGCGCACCGGACCGGGCCGAGCUGGGCCGCCUGGGCGCGGUUCUGGACCAUGGCGUCCCUCUUUAAGAAGAAAACCGUGGAUGAUGUAAUAAAGGAACAGAACCGGGAGUUACGAGGUACACAGAGGGCUAUAAGCAGAGAUCGAGCAGCUUUAGAGAAACAAGAAAAACAGCUGGAAUUGGAAAUUAAGAAGAUGGCCAAAAUUGGUAAUAAAGAAGCUUGCAGAGUUUUAGCCAAACAGCUUGUACAACUACGGAAACAGAAAACAAGGACUUUUGCUGUGAGUUCUAAAGUCACUUCUAUGUCCACACAAACUAAAGUGAUGAACUCCCAGAUGAAGAUGGCAGGUGCAAUGUCUACUACAGCAAAGACAAUGCAGGCUGUUAACAAGAAGAUGGAUCCACAAAAGACAUUACAAACAAUGCAGAAUUUCCAGAAGGAAAACAUGAAGAUGGAAAUGACGGAAGAAAUGAUCAAUGACACGCUGGAUGACAUCUUUGAUGGCUCUGAUGAUGAAGAAGAAAGCCAAGAUAUUGUGAAUCAAGUUCUUGAUGAAAUCGGAAUUGAAAUCUCUGGAAAGAUGGCCAAAGCUCCAUCCGCUGCGCGAAGCUUACCAUCUGCCUCUACUUCAAAGGCUACAAUCUCCGAUGAAGAGAUUGAACGACAACUCAAAGCUUUAGGAGUAGAUUAGUCAAAAAAGCUGUAAUAUUUUGCAUAUUUAUAAUUAUUUAGUUAUAAUUAUAAACCAGGCAUAUUGCCAUUUUCCCCUUACAAGACAUAUUUAUUUUGCAAAAAUGAAGACCGUGAGUAAACAGUUGUUUCCUAACCCAUGGCUGUUUGACUCUUUUGCCAAAGAAUGAUAUUGGUGCAAAAUGGGAACUCUUUUGGGUUUUAAUUAGAACUGUUUAGGAGUGAUGAUGUGUAAAAGGUUGACAACUUCUCUGCAUGGCAUAGAGAAAUUAUAUUCAUUACUUAGUGUAGUUUAUGUUCUAAAUCUUUUUACACUGAAGACAAAAAUCUUGUUAAAUGCCAUUAGGCAUCAACUUAAAGCUUCCUGUAAAAAUAUUAAAAGUAUUAUCAUUAAUUCUAUCUGUUGCUUGUCCUUUAUAAGUGAUAUGUGACCAUAGGUGAUUCAGCUGCCAAAUUAGUUUUAAAUGAUCUGAAAGAAGAGUGCUAUUUAAACAUCUGUCUUAAAUAAAAACUGUUCAUGAGCUUUUGUUUUCUGUCUUUUCCCCUUGGGAGGACAUUCUAGUUGAUAAGUGUAUUACCUUUGAAAAUGUGCUUGGCACCUGCCUUAAAUAGCACAAACAUAUUGUGCACAUCUUUAAAUUAUUGUAACUGACAGAAAAGAAUUACAUUUUAAAUUAAAAUUGGGCCUCUUACAAAAAUUUUCUUGGCUGUCUUUAUAGCUUAUAAAAGUGAAUUGAAUGUAUUAGCAAAAAUGGAUUCUGAAUUAGUAAUAUUUUGUAGUAAUAAAGUGAUGUAUGUUGGUCUUUCUUCGACAGGAGUAAGAUUUUUUCAAUGUGAUUAUUACUUAAUCUCUGCUUAAUUUUGAACUUUAUUAAUCAGUACAUUGAACCCUCUAAAUUGAAGCCAUCAUUUUCAAAUAAAUAACAGUGCUAUGGCAGUACUCUAGCUAAAUUCUAAAAUAAAAAUUAGCAUUUUUUUUCAUGGUAAAUAAACUAAAACUUUGUAAGAAAUUAUUCCCUAAAUGUUUGUUAAUGUCAUAGCAGUAUUUUUAAAGGUAAAAUUGCUUUGGUAUUUAAUGUAUAUAUUGAAAGUGAGAAGAAAUGAAGUAGCAGAUUAUAGAGAUAGAAUGUAGAAUUAGUUUAGCUUUGAAAAAUGAUGUUGUAAUAGAUGGAUUCUAGCACAUUCCACCAUAAAAACCCUGGAGGAGAUUAUGUAGAUGUAACCUGAUUAAUUUGAGAUGAUGGACAUUUUGGAUUAAUAUUGACGAUAUGAAUACAUUUUAGAACUAGCAUACAGGUGUCAUAUGGAUUGGGGAAAGAAUGAAAAGCUAAACAAUAUAGUUUAUAAUCCAUUUUGUAAUGUUCAAAGAUAUGGUUCCAUUAUAUAGUAGUAUUAAAUAUCGUUACCCUGCACAUUAAUUGGUCAAAAGAUCUUACCAGAUUAUAGAAUUACCCAGAACUCUUUUGAUUCUUGGAUAUACAUAGUAAUGCCAACUAACUUUAUUUACUUUCUAGUUUACAUGUGGGAGCUUUUGCUUUUAAAAAUUAUUUUGUUAAAAAAACUCAAUAAAGAUUUAUUGCUAUUA